UCAAAGCUCUUUCGCUAUCUUUGAAAGACCAGAAAAAGUGUUGCUCUUAUUGACUGCGGUUGUGGUCUGUUUUUGAAAUGUGAAUUCCUGAAGGAUGCGAAAGACUGAUGUGUAUUGAGAAAUAGCAAGUGGUGGAUGCUACUACUGAAUUAUACCGAGGCCGGUCGAGAUCAAUUAAAAUUAAGAAACGAAAAAGCAUACGGAAAGCACGACUGAAUGUCACUACCACCGACUAAGCCAAUGGAAUUAAGUGGUGUUGUGUUUUGAGCAGUUCAAUUGAACUUAGUGGAAACGAGAGAAAACAAUAGUGGUUGGGUGGUGAAAUUGAAUUAAAGGUUCAAAUUAAAUUAAACCGUGGUGAACCUUUACUGAAUGCGGAAUUAUUUUCAACAGUGAAGGAAUUCAUACAAAUUGAUUUUGAGACGUUUAAGUCAUUCAUAAUGGUUAUUGUGCAAUCCAACAUUAUCACAUCAAACAGCCGUAUCGGUCUCGAGUGGGACAUCAAUGAUCCGAACGUGCCACCGGUCUGCGAAGCAAACUUGGAUGAUUUUAACGAAUGGAGCGACGGUCACUGCCGCUAUAUCUAUCGCGUGCUGGAUGAGCAGGCCAAACGGCACACUUCCGGAUGGGCUAUGCGCAAUACCAACAACCACAAUGUCAGCAUCCUGAAGAAAAGCUGCCUGGGUGUGUUGGUGUGUUCAGCCCGAUGCGUUCUGCCCAAUGGAGAUAAGAUUACGUUGCGUCCUGCCAUAUGCGACAAAGCCAGACGGAAGCAACAGGGCAAGGCAUGUCCCAACAGGUUGUGUGUCGGCGGUGUUCUGGAAAUUCAACCAUGUCGUGGUCACUGUGGAUAUCCGGUGACGCAUUUUUGGCGCCAUACGACUAACGCCAUCUUCUUCCAAGCAAAAGGUGUCCACGAUCAUCCUCGACCGGAGUCGAAAUCGUCUGGUGAAACACGCAAAAUUUUGGGAAUCGGUCGGCGUGAACGCGUUUUGAAAGCAAUUCAAUCAAAAGUCACUAAGAUUACGAAUGUUAAACAAACCAAAAAAACUACCAAACAGUUUCUGGAAUCGGGCAAAACAUUAUCCAGCAACCAAACCACGCUGAACCAGUUGACUCGUUCGAAUGCUGAAAACUGUUACAGCAUAACAUUCCCCAGUAACUACAAAUCGAAUGCUCAGUGCGGUUACGGAACAGUUACUACAUCGCCCAGUCAGUCGACACAAAUUCAACACUCCGCUCAAGAUUACAACCAAUCGUACUACUACGACAACUCGAGCUUCAUCCAUCCGGAGGAGAUUUUUCAGUUGGAUCAACCCAUUCGGCCCAUCAACAAAUAUCCGAGCAGCUCUAACACCAGUCUGCACACACUGGGAAGCUCACCACCCACAGUGCUCGAUAUGGAAAGUGGUAACAUCUACAAGAACACUCUGGCAAACUCCGAAUAUGGCUGUCGAUACUUCGAUUGCGUGAAGUACGAAACAAACAGCACCGACACAGAUACAGCCAGUCUGACCAGUGGCUCGAGCGUGUUUGAUGACUUCUCCUACUACUCCAGUCCCCAAAUCGAUUAUCACGGAGUCAACACGAACAGCAACAACAACAACGCCACACUCCCUGAUAUGAACAAAAUUAACCUGCGCCUGUGUGACGACAUCAAUUCGUUCUUCAUUGGCCAAUCGAGUUGCGUGUCGCAAAGCAAGCUCACUGAUGAUGGUCCGGCGAACGCCAAUCAGCUCGAGAACUAUUGCUAUGAAAAUUACAGUAACUCCGCAUCACCGAACGCGACGGCAAUGAUGCUCCCAUAUGGUGGUUAUAGUGAAGGAUCCAGUGGAGACGCUCUCGUCCCCACUGCUGCUGGUGUUGAGCAGUCGGCUCCACUUGGUGCCGAAAGCUGGUGGAAUGGUUCCGCGGAAAGUGGCAACAAUAGCAACAAUUACGCAGCAUCAGCAGCAACGGCAGGGGCGGGCGGUUGGAAUCAUCACGAUAUCAUGGCUAAUGGUAGUCUAGAGCAUCAUCAUCAUCAGCAGCAGCAUCAGCAUUACUAUCUAAUGGAACAACAGACAGAUUAUUUGAGUUAAGUGUCCUAUGUAGACACACCGUUGUGUGAUUAAGAUUUGACAAAUUGUUGUUGAAAUGCGACAAUAAAUUAAGGAUGGAUCUAUUUGCUGUUGAAAUGUUUAGUUUGUUGAUCAGGCGGAUGCGCUCACAUGCAGCUAAUCAAAACCAUUGGAUCUUAUCGGAUGCAUUAAGUUUCAACUUGUACCAGUGUAGUAAGACUUACGUUUUAUUUUGAAAAAAAAAAACAUUAUUUAGAUAUUAUUCGUCUGCCCAGUACUGAUUAUAACUGUCUUAGUAAAAGAAAAGUGAAAAUGUUUCCAAAUGUAAUUAGAUGUUAAGAACACGAUGUUUUGUUGGAACAA